AUUUUCUCGUUAGUAUCUUCUUCCUAAAAGUAAGAGCGUGAAAGAAUAAAAAAAAGAAAAAAAACCAAAAAUGGGAAUGUAAAAAUGAUUGGGCAAACCCUAAGUUCCCAAAUCAGAAUCUUAUUCAUCCAAUUCGAUCAAAUUGAAUCCAAUUUCGUUAGGGAUCUUAAGUAGUUGAUCGAAUUUGUGGUUAAAACUGGUAAAAGAAGAAGAAGAUGCCUGCAACGGGAGAUCUAGACCACCAGAUAGAACAUUUGAUGGAAUGUAAACCAUUAACAGAAGCAGAAGUAAAAGGUUUAUGUGAACAAGCUAGAGCUGUAAUUGUCGAAGAACGGAAUGUGCAGCCUGUUAAAUGCCCAGUUACUGUUUGUGGUGAUAUACAUGGUCAAUUUCAUGAUCUUAUUGAAUUGUUUCGUAUUGGUGGUAAAUCUCCUGAUACUAAUUAUCUUUUCAUGGGGGAUUAUGUAGACCGUGGAUACUAUUCAGUGGAGACAGUCACACUGUUAGUGGCCUUAAAAGUCCGUUAUAGAGAUAGAAUUACAAUUUUAAGAGGAAACCAUGAAAGCCGGCAAAUAACUCAAGUGUAUGGUUUUUAUGAUGAGUGCUUGAGAAAAUAUGGAAAUGCAAAUGUUUGGAAGUAUUUUACUGACCUCUUUGACUAUCUACCCCUCACAGCUCUUAUUGAGAGUCAGGUGUUUUGUUUGCAUGGUGGACUCUCCCCAUCCUUGGAUACAUUAGACAAUAUUCGGGCUUUAGACCGUAUACAAGAGGUUCCCCAUGAAGGACCUAUGUGUGAUCUUUUAUGGUCUGAUCCGGAUGACCGAUGUGGGUGGGGAAUUUCUCCUAGGGGAGCUGGCUAUACAUUCGGGCAGGACAUCGCAGCUCAGUUCAACCACACCAAUGGACUAUCCUUAGUCGCAAGAGCCCAUCAACUUGUGAUGGAUGGUUAUAACUGGUGUCAGGAAAAGAAUGUGGUUACGGUGUUCAGUGCACCGAAUUAUUGUUACCGGUGUGGGAAUAUGGCAGCAAUACUUGAGAUUGGGGAAAACAUGGAUCAGAACUUCCUUCAGUUUGACCCGGCUCCUCGACAAGUUGAACCAGACACCACUCGCAAGACUCCAGAUUACUUUUUGUAAUCAGAACUGACUUAAGGUGUCACCAUCUCUUUUUCUAUUUUCCCUUUCCCCCCUCAUAUGUUACAUGUAUCUAAUGAUUCUAUUACACUAAUUGCAAAACUUUUAGGCUGACAUAUUGCAAUUA